AUGAGGCACACAAGGGGUACCGACAAAAUAGCAAUUGAUCACAAAUCAGACCAGGGGUUUUGUAACAUGAGAAAAUAUCUCGCGCCAGAUUUCCCUAUCGGAGGUAGACUCGUCGUUAAUGGUUCGGCCUUUGAUAGGUUCAAAGGCGAUUUCAAGAAUGGGAUCGAUCAGCGGACGAACACUGCAUUCUUUAUCACUGUGGGAACUUACCUUUACAUAUAUCUCAAAGUCUUCCAAAUGGCUUCAGAAGUGAAAACCAACUUUCAACACUCAACAUUCUGGAACAGUGGACAAUCUCUCAAAUAUCCUAACUUGAAAAGCCUGAAAGCAGAAAAUACCAGGAGGCUGCUCAAAAAGGUAAUUGCGCUUUUAGGAAGACGAUAA